UUCUCCCAUCGUGCAAUUCCUUCAUUGGGAGUUGAUCCCAUCCCUGGCUGAGUAAUUCAAUCCCAAAUCCCAAAUAGAAGAGAAAAUGGAAGUGAUUGUAAAAGUCCGCUUUGAAUUCACUCUUCUUUUCCUUUUCUUUUUCUUUGAAUUUUUAAAUUCAAAAUUUUUAAAUUCUCUUUGCCUUGAAUUUUUACAUUUUCGAAUUUGGAAUUUUCCUUCUAGGAACAAGAUGCCCUUGAAGUUUAAUCUCUCUUAAGAGGAAAAAGCCACGGAGAGAGAAGGAAAAAAAAAAAAAAAUUAAAAAAAAUACAUGAAACCAUGGAUCCUUUGUACCUUCCCAGCACGGAAGGCACUCCCGGUGAGGUGAACUCCUCUCUGCUGCCCAACGUGACGGAGAACGGGACGCUGGCGGAGCCGGCCCCGUUCCCGUACAUCCACAAGGUGCUCAUUCCCAUCUGUUACCUGCUGGUGUGCGCCGUGGGGCUGAGCGGCAACGCCCUGGUCAUCUACGUGGUGCUGCGCCACGCCAAGAUGAAAACGGUCACCAACAUCUACAUCCUCAACCUGGCCGUGGCCGACGUGCUCUUCAUGUUGGGCCUGCCCUUCCUGGCCACCCAAAACGCCAUCUCCUACUGGCCCUUCGGCUCCUUCCUCUGCCGGCUGGUGAUGACCGUGGAUGGCAUCAACCAGUUCACCAGCAUCUUCUGCCUGACGGUGAUGAGCAUGGACCGCUACCUGGCCGUGGUGCACCCCAUCAAAUCCACCAAGUGGAGACGUCCCAGGGUGGCCAAGCUCAUCAGCGCCACGGUCUGGACCUUCUCCUUCUUGGUGGUGCUGCCCGUGAUCAUCUUCUCGGACGUGCAGGAGGAUUUCCAGACGUGCAACAUGAAUUGGCCGGAGCCGGUCAACGUCUGGUCGGCGGCGUUCAUCAUCUACACCUCGGUGCUGGGCUUCUUUGGUCCCUUGCUGGUCAUCUGCCUGUGCUACCUGCUCAUCGUGGUCAAGGUCAAGUCCUCGGGGAUCCGCGUGGGCUCCACGCGGCGCCGCAGGUCGGAGCGGAAGGUCACCAGGAUGGUGGUGAUCAUCGUGGUGGUCUUCGUGUUCUGCUGGCUGCCGUUCUACACCAUGAACAUCGUCAACCUGAUCCUCAUCCUGCCCGCCGACCCCAUCCUGGAGGGGCUCUACUUCUUCAUGGUGGUGCUGUCCUACGCCAACAGCUGCGCCAACCCCAUCCUCUACGGCUUCCUCUCCGACAACUUCAAGCAGAGCUUCCAGAAGGUUCUCUGCCUCCGGAAGGGUGAUGGAGCAGAGGAUGGAGACCCUGUGGAGCACAGGCAGGAGAACAGCAGCCGCCUACAGGAGUCCAUGCUGACCCAGAGGAACGUGGAGUUCAACGGGCACAUGCAGACCAGCAAGGUCUGA